UUUGGAAACGUGAACAUUGCAACUGCUCUGGGCAUCCAAGCACCAGUGGGGAGUCUCGCAAUUCACCGCGAUUUCGACCUUGGUUUUGGUGGAUCAGGCCGAAGUGGCGGACGAAGUUUCGGAUUCGGUAACGGAUACCAAAAACAAGUUGGUUCAGCUCCGUGGGCAUGGCCCUAAGUAG